AUGAAGACACCCCUCACUUCCCGCACGGCGGCAUUCGCCACUCUGUGCGCAACACUCGCAUCGGCGCAGCAACAAGAAUGUAGCAGUACCAUCUCCGCAUCAGGCUAUCCCGCUCCCUCGCUUGCAAGUGGCUGGAGAGCUCAUAUUGUUGUCAAUGAUCUGGAGAAGCCGCGAUCUCUGAAGCGCGAUAAUAAUGGACAUUUGCUUGUUGCGGAUCAGGGCGUUGGGAUUACGAGAUUGACACUUGAAGGCGAAGCUCCGUGCUUGACUGUUGCGGAUAGGCAGCAGAUUAUUGCGAAUACUUCGCUCAAUCACGGCCUCGAACUCUCCCCUUCGAAUGACAUCCUGUAUGCUUCCAGCCAGGAAGCCGUCUAUGCUUGGGACUACAAUCCGGAAACUGGUACAGUCUCUGGCGAGGCUCGUCGGGUCAUCAAUCUUGGUGGAGAUGGAUCGCACGCUACUAGGACACUUCUGUUGCCACCUCUUAACCCGGAUUACUUGCUCGUUUCCUGGGGAUCAGACGGCAACGUCGAUGCCGCCGCGCGCGAGCCGACGUCUGGUUACAGCACUGUGCGAGCUUUUAACAUCAGUGACACCAGCAGAGUGUACGAAUACGCUGACGGACUGUCGGUGGGUUGGGGAUUGAGAAACUCCGUCGGAUUGGGACAGAAUCCAGUCACAGGAGGCAUCUUCAGCAAUGAGAACAAUGUUGAUCAAUUGGAGAGAGAUGGGGAGAGGAUCGUAGAGGACAACCCUGCUGAGGAGUUGAACUUCCACGGCUUCCUUAAUGGCACCGAGACCCCCAAUCUGGGAGGAUACUAUGGUUACCCAGAUUGUUACCCUGCUUGGGACCCCUCUGUUGUGCCCAACUACGAUGGUCUCCAGACCGGACAACAGUUUGCAGCGAACUUCAACAACUCUAUUAAUGAUGAAUGGUGCCGAGAGAAUAGCAUUGAUCCUGUUCUGAGCUUCACUGCCCACAUGGCACCAAUGGACCUAGCCUUCAACACCGAAGCAUCGACGGCUUUUAUCACUUUCCGAGGAAGUUGGAACCGUGAAAACCCAGCGGGUUACAAACUCUCCGUCAUCCCCUUCAAUACCGAGACUGGUCUACCAAGCGCACCACCGAACUCCACAAACGGCUAUGUCGACAUCCUUGCGAACGAAGAUGAGAGUAGAUGCCCGGACGAAUGUGUCAGGCCUGUGGGUUUGGAGUGGAACGCUGAUGGCACCCAGCUCUUCAUGACUGCGGAUGCUUCCGGCGAGAUUUACAUCGUGUAUCGAGAGGAUGGUUCUCCAGUCAACGACUUCACGGUCGCGGCGUCAGAGACUGGCAAUGCUACUAGUGGCUCUGGUGGAUCUGAAGGUGGUAGCUCUGGAGGUUCUCCCUCUUCGACGCCAGAGGCAGAGAAUGCGGCUUCGAGUCUAGUGGGCUCGCGACUGUUCGCUGCCGCUAUGGUAGGUUUGGUUGGUGCAAUGAUCUUCUAAAUGGGGACUAAAACACAAGUAGCAGAAGUGAGAAGAG